AUGAUGAAACGAUUAACGCUGAUCCUGUCGCUGAUGAUUAUGCUGCCAGCUGCCGCAGCUGGCAGUACCCUUCGUGGUCGCCGUACGGAGGACUAUGGCGGUGCACCCAUCGUUGGUGGCAGGGUUACAGACUUUGCGGAUCAUCCGUAUUUUGUGGAUUUGGGGUCCUGUGGAGGAAGUCUGCUGUUGCAUGACAUUGUCUUGACGGCAGCACAUUGCCGUGUUCCAGAUUUCGCGUACGUGGGACCAGAACAACAGCAAAAAACAGUUAUUUCUGCUGUCAUACACCCGGACUAUGCUUCCCAGCAUUAUGAUUUUAUGCUACUCAAGAUUGACAACCAUGCCGAGGUAUCACACGGAUCUUCCAGAAUACCACUCAAUGAUCAAGACGAUAUUCCUUCGGAUGGUGAAGUGCUCAAAGUCAUCGGAACGGGUGUCACCGAAGAGGGUAACUUUGGCAGCGAUGGUCUAUUGCGACUAACCUACGUCCGCUACAUUCCAAAUUCCGAGUGUACCGACAGUUAUGGGAGUUCCAUUGGGGAUGAUCAUCUGUGUGCAGGUGUUGAAGGUGGUGGCAGAGAUUCCUGCCAGGGAGACAGUGGUGGACCCAUCAUGGCAGGAAAUGUACAAGUUGGUAUUGUCUCCUGGGGCAUUGGCUGUGCUCGUCCAGAUUUCCCAGGUGUCUAUGCUCGGAUCUCUGUGGCCUACAAUUGGAUUCAACGUAUGAUGUGCUGCCUUUCCGAAAGCCCUGCCGCAAGCUGUGAACCAGUUGACCCAUGCGAAUGUUCAGACAUUCCCUGCCAAAGCAAUGAUGAUGGAACUGAUUCACCUACCGGAAGUCCCACCUAUGAGCCAACAAACUCUCCUACCGAAAGCCCCACCAACGCGCCAACAAAUUCUCCCACCGAAACCUCAGAUGAGAACACUCCAAAUCCGACCACAGAUGAACCGACUCCAAGCCCUACUCCAAGCCCGACCACAGAUGAGCCAACUCCAAGCCCUACCGGUACCACAGAUGAGCCUACUCCAAGUCCAACAACAGAGGCGCCUACCCCAAGCCCGACCAUGGCGUCAACUGAGCCUCCUACUGGGAGCCCAACAACUUCACCUACGGACCCGCCAACUGACAGCCCUACUGCUGCACCCACUGACCCUAUCACUGAUAGCCCAACCAUUUCUCCCACAGAUGCCCCCACUGAUGGAUGGAAUAUUGAUGGAGGCUAUGGCGAUGGCUACGACAACGAUCUCUUUGGUCGCUUAUGA